AUGCUUUCCUAUAAUCUCAUAUUAAUCUUGUCUUCUUCUCUUUAUGUUGUUCAUUCACUUAAAUGUCAUUCAUGUGAAUUUCAAAUCGAACUUUCAAAUUCGUUACCAAAUCAAUCUUCAUUACCAGAUGAAUGUCGAAUAACAGUAGAAGAUGAUAUAUCUUUAUGUAAAGCUUAUAUUCAAGUCAAUUAUUUAACGGAUGAAAUUUAUAUUUGGUGGAAUGCAAUACCAAAAGAUACUGUUCAAUCUAUUGCAAAUAAUUUAGAUAUACCAUUACCUCUUAAUCGUAUGCAAAAAAGUUUAACAAAAUUUCAAUUUGAUGUUAAAUUUAAACCUAAGGAAGAAAUUUUUCUUGGUGCAAAUAUUUUUUGUCAAUCAAAUGAUUAUUGUAUUAUUAAUGAAACAAAUCGUCUUCUUUCACAACUUAAUGCAUUAAAACAUGUAUCAUCAAAAAUUCAAAAAAUCUAUCAAAAUUUAUUAAUUCAAUCACCAAUGAAUACAACAUCGGAAUCAAUUAUUAAUUGUUUUCAUAGUUAUUCAGAUAGAAUUAUUCAAUGUACAGGUUCAAAUGAUGUCGCUUGCUUCAUUGGAAUACCUGAAACAUCAACAGAUAUUGAAGCUGAUUGUAUUCGAAAUUCGGAUGAUUUAUUUGUGAGUGUUUCAUAUUAUAUUACUAAUCCAAUAUCACAUAUAAAAAAUGGUAAAUCCUCAUGUUCAAUUCAUUGUAAUCGUGAUAAUUGUAAUACAGAAGAAAUUUAUAAUAAUGUUAUAAAAAUAGCACAAAAAUAUAUAUCAGGAUAA